AUGACAUUCGCCGGCUUCGUGGUGGCGCUGGUGAUAGGGACGAUCCCCGGAGCCCGCGGGCUGGGGCAGGUCUCCGCCAGCCUCCCGGCCGCCCGCCACCCGCAGCCACCGGCCCCGCCGCCGCCGCCCCCCGCCGGCUGCCCCGCCGCACCGCCCGCCGGGGGCUUCGCCGCCGCCCAGCGCCCCUGGCCACCGGCGGCGCCCGCCCUCCCGCGGCGGGGGACGGCGGGCCGGGCGCCGCGGGGCCGCCGCAGCUCCUGCGCACUGCCCGGCGGCGGCGGGCGGCCCGGGUGCGCCCCCGGGGGCGGCCGGGGCCGGGCGGAGCGGGGCCGCGCUGACUGCGAGCGAGGGUCAGUGAGACUCCAGGGUGGCAAGAAUGAGUUUGAAGGUACAGUGGAGGUUUAUUUGAAUGGAAUCUGGGGAACAAUCUGUGGGAGCCAUUGGGACAAUAAUGAUGCAACAGUCAUAUGUCGACAGCUUGCACUUGGUGAAAAAGGUACAGCAAAACACAUACCAUUUUCUGGACUGGGCCUUAUUCCUGUUUAUUGGAGUGAAGUGCGUUGUCGCGGUGAUGAAGAAAACAUACUGUUAUGUGAAAAAGACAUCUGGCAGGAUGGAACAUGUCCUCAAAAAAUGGCAGCUGCUGUCACAUGUAGCUCUUCCCUGGCCCCUGUCUUUACUCCGAUCCGGCUGGCUGGCGGGAACAACGCUCACGAAGGAAGAGUAGAAGUCUACCAUGCUGGCCAGUGGGGGACUGUCUGCGAUGAUCAGUGGGAUGAUGCAGAUGCUGAAGUUGUCUGUCGGCAGCUUGGCCUUGGGGGUGUUGCUAAGGCGUGGAGCCAGGCUUACUUUGGAGAAGGCUCAGGCCCCGUACUGCUGGAUGAAGUGCGGUGCACGGGAAAUGAACUAUCGAUAGAACAGUGUCCAAAAAGCUCCUGGCGAGAACACAACUGUGGCCACAAAGAAGAUGCUGGUGUUUCCUGCACACCUCUCACAGAUGGUGCAUUAAGACUAACAAGUGGGAAAGGCAGUCAUGAGGGACGCCUGGAGGUCUAUUAUACUGGGCAGUGGGGCACAAUCUGCGAUGAUGGGUGGACAGAACUGAAUACACAGGUGGUUUGCCGGCAGCUGGGAUUUAAGUAUGGAAAAAGUGCACCUGAGGGCUACUCAGAAGGAAGCUCUGGGCCCAUCUGGUUGGAUGAUGUCAGCUGCUCAGGGAAGGAGACAAACCUUCUGCAAUGCUCAAGGAGAGAGUGGGGAAAGCAUGACUGCAACCAUCAGGAGGAUGUCAGACUCAUUUGCCAUCCAGAUAACGACAGCCAUAAACUCUCACUUGGUCCUCCAAUCAGGCUGAUGGAUGGUGAGAAUAAGAAAGAAGGACGUGUAGAGAUUUUUAUCAAUGGCCAGUGGGGCACAAUUUGUGAUGAUGGAUGGUCUGAUAAGGAUGCAGCUGUAGUCUGUCGACAGCUUGGCUACAAAGGUCCAGCUAGAGCAAGGACAAUGGCAUAUUUUGGGGAGGGCAAAGGCCCGAUCCACGUGGAUAACGUGAAAUGUACAGGAAAUGAGAGAUCCUUGGCAGACUGCAUUAAGCAGGACAUUGGGACACACAACUGCCGUCACAGUGAGGACGCGGGGGUGAUCUGUGACCACCUAAGCAAGAAGGCUCCCGGGAACAGCAAUAAAGAUUCUCUUGCUUCUGUUUGUGGAUUGAGGUUACUACAUCGUCGACAAAAGCGAAUAAUUGGUGGGAAAAAUUCUUUACGGGGCGGCUGGCCAUGGCAGGUUGCACUCCGACUGAAAUCUUCUCAUGGUGAUGGAAGACUCUUGUGUGGUGCUACUCUCAUCAGCAGCUGCUGGGUCCUCACUGCUGCACAUUGCUUUAAAAGGUACGGCAACAACACUCGGAACUAUGCUGUGCGAGUUGGAGACUAUCACACACUGGUACCAGAAGAGUACGAGGAAGAAAUUGGAGUCCAACAGAUUGUGAUGCAUAAAGAGUACAGGCCUGACAGCAGCGACUACGACAUUGCAUUGGUGAGGCUACAAGGGCCAGAGGAACAGUGUGCCAGAUUCAGUACCCACGUCUUACCUGCUUGUUUGCCAUUAAGGAGAGAGAGACCACAGAAAACUGCUCCCAACUGUUAUAUCACUGGAUGGGGUGACACAGGAAGGGCUUAUUCAAGAACAUUACAACAGGCUGCCAUCCCCUUACUUCCCAAGAGGGUAUGUGAAGAGCGUUACAACAGAAGAUUCACAGGAAGAAUGCUUUGUGCUGGAAACGUCCAGGAACAGAAACGUGUUGAUAGCUGUCAAGGAGACAGUGGCGGACCACUGAUGUGUGAACGUCCAGGGGAAAGCUGGGUUGUGUAUGGUGUGACCUCCUGGGGCUAUGGCUGUGGAGUGAAAGAUUCUCCGGGUGUCUACACAAAAGUAUCAUCUUUUGUACCCUGGAUAAAAAGUGUGACCAAACUAUGA